CUUAUCACAAAAAGCUGUCGUGGUCUCGUAACUACCCUACCGUUCAGGAAUGCCUCAAAUGAUCGCAUUGCGUGGAGAAUUUUAACGAACGCACCGACUCGUUAUGUUGUCUCGCCAAAUAAAGGAUUUCUUUUUAAGCAGGAGAAAGUUCAAAUAAUUCUCUUAAAUGUGUCGAAGUAUCAUCGCCGUCAUGCAUUCGUAGUACAAGCGAAACCUGCCAAAAUGGAGGAGAAUAAUCGUAAAGUACUGGCAAUCUUCAUCCGUUCGACAAUGGCCUAUACCUGGACAAAUCAUGUGAAAACAAUCAAAAACAUGAUUCAGUCAAUUGUGGGCACCAGUAACGUCUUUAGUCGUCCCUCUCGCGAGCCAGAUUGGUCCAGAGGAUCGUUCUCACUCGAGGAAUGUGAGGGGGAUUCCAUUGGGCGUCGAGCUCACAUGUGUACUACUGUUCUUGCAAUAGGCUCAUCAUUUUCGAACCGACUUCUCAAAGAAUUCGAACAGUUACACAGGAGCGAGUGCCUCAAUAUAGUGAAGCUAUAUAAAGGUGUAUUCCUGAACUGA